GGACUCGAAAGGCGCGGCUCGUGCAUGUCUUGAAGUUGUGUCGUGAGGGUGUCGAGGUGGAUUUGCAAACUUGAAGACGCACGCGCUGGUGGAUGGCGGAGUAGCACAGGAAGGACUUGUCUCUAGUGCAGGAAGGACUUCCUGUUUGUCUAUGCAGGUGCAGGCUGUUUGCGGCACAAGGUGUGAGCCAAACCAAAGCGGAGCAGGACGAGUGUCUUCACAUUUGAUAACGGGUCAGUUAUGACGGCUGUUUGACUCCAAAGCAGUCUUAUAGCAGGGCGCUCGAGUGCUGUUCACUCUGGUUGAACCUGCAGUCGUUCUUGAACGAGCCUGGCGUAGACCAGGCUGUACAUGCACUUAGUAUACGUACUGCCACCAGCAUACAAUAAGCCACCCGCUCAUACUAACACCGCCAAAGGAUAGGCAGCCGGAUAGGGGCAGCCGCCCGCCUUGCUCCGCCAUGAGGGAAGCCAUCUCAGUAUCGCAUGUGGCCGCCCCGCAUGGCUUCCCUCCAGGCUCAUGAAUCCUUCCCGCCAGGAGGGCAUCCGCCAGACCUGAACGGCCACAAGGACGCUCAAAACGGGCGAAACGAGUCCCCUCGAGGACGGGUCCUCGGACCCUGCUUUGCCUCAUACGAGCCCGGCCCGCAUAGUCCAGGCUUUGCAGACAUGGGGAGCUCGAGGCGCUUCUUGACGAAUCAGGGCCAGCCUGGGAGGCCGCAGCACUCGGUCAAGCAGUCUCUCUGUGAUGCAGUGGUGAAGCAGGUUCUGCAGCGGGUGCGCUCGUACGGGUACAGCGAGGCAGUGUGCGAGCAGCUGCAAGGGCACUUUGAGCGGCUUCCGUCCAGGUACUCUCUGAACAUUGACCCCCUGCGGCACGAGGACGUCCUCCUCCACAUGCAGCUGAUUGAUCAGGCGCUGCGCUCGGAGCUGGAAGCACGCAACAGCCUCUCCACAUCGCCUCCCCCUCCUCAGGUCCAUGUGCGCAAAGUCCGGCUAGUCAUCCCCUACACCCCAGGCCAGCAGUCUGAGCAAAACUCGCGGACCGGCAGCCCCACCGCAAUGUCGAUGAGCGAGGACUCUGGCGAUGAGCGGGGAGGGACCAGUGAGGACAGCGCAGGCGACGAACGCAUGCACGAGCCUUCCCGAUCAGGGCGCGACUCCGCUGACUCGCGCUCUGGGGGGGGCCGCUCAGUCCCGAUCCCAAUGCGGCGACCGCCCCUCCCCACAUUUGGAUCGAAUAACAGCCUUUCAAGCAUGAUUGGAACGAGCCCGGGGGGGAACGGUCGGACGCCCCCGGUGGCGGCGGGUGUAAGGGUUCGCAGCUCGCCGGUUCCGCGGCCGACGUUUGGCUCGUUCACGAGCCUGGUAGAGAUGGAGGACGAGCUGGAGGAUGCGCGGAUAGGGGCGCGGAGAAAGGAAGCGACGUACGGGCACGAGAUCACAGUCGCGACGGGGGACCGGCAGGGGCUGCUCAAGUACAUGACGUCGGCGCUGAGCGACUUCCAACUGGAGCUAAACAUUCGGGAGGCACACGUGUUCAGCACAAGCGACGGGAUGGCGCUUGAGGUGUUUGUGGUGGAGGGAUGGACAGGAGACAGUUCUGAGGAGCUGAGGCAAGCGGUGCUCUCUGCCCUUGGGAACAAGCUGCUGCACGGAACGCCUCGGAGCAAGAAGCCGCAACGGGAGCCGAUGGAUAUCAUCGACCUGAAAGCGGCGACGGACGCGAUCGCGUACGAGGAUUGGGCGGUGGACUACAACCUGCUCGACAUUGGCGAGCGCCUUGGCGGGGGCUCCUCCGGCCGCCUCUACCGCGGCCGUUACCGCGGGUCCGACGUGGCGGUAAAGGUUAUCCUGCUGGAGGAUCUAGGCGUGGAGGCUUCUGGCACGCUGCGGGCGGCGCCCGCCGGGGAGCUGAUCCAGAUGUUCAAGCAGGAAGUGUCGAUCAUGAGGAUCGUGCGCCACAAAAACCUGGUUCAGUUCAUUGGCGCAUGCUCGAAUUGGCCGCGGCUGUGCAUCGUCACGGAGCUUAUGGCGGGGGGCAGCGUGCGGGACAUGAUGCAGUCCCGGGGAACGGGCCUCGAGCCGAACUCCGCCAUCCGGGUCCUGCGAGAUACUGCUCGCGGGAUGGACUUUCUGCACAAGCGGGGGAUAGUGCACCGAGACCUCAAAGCCGCAAAUCUGCUCAUCGACGAGCACGACGUGGUCAAGGUGUGCGACUUUGGCGUGGCGCGCAUGACCCCCGCCGCGCUCCAGUUUGUGAAGCGGCCGCUCGACAACGAUUCGACGGAGAUGACGGCAGAGACGGGGACGUACCGCUGGAUGGCGCCCGAGGUGCUGGAGCACCGGGCCUACGACCACCGAGCAGACGUCUACUCGUUCGGGAUCGUCAUCUGGGAGCUGCUAACAGGGGAUAUUCCGUAUGCCGGCCUCACGCCCCUCCAAGCUGCCAUUGGCGUUGUCCAAAGGCAACUACGCCCCACGCUCCCCCCCGUCUGCCCCCCCCGGCUGUUCUCCUUGGCAGAGCGAUGCUGGCACCCCAAUCCGCAAAUGCGGCCAGAGUUUAGCGAGAUUCUCAUGAUCCUGGAAGACUGUAUAAAGCCAAUCAGGAAGAGCUUCUUCGGGUCAUCCAAGAAAAAGCCCGUGGCAUAGCGCGCGCCCAUCUAUCCCCGUGUGUCAAUACCCGUUCCGACGGCGUUCCCAACUUCCAAGACCAUUGCGCGUCCUCAGCAUAUCAAGCGGUUGCAUUAGCCUAGCAAAGGAGUCCGGUUGGGGGACUAGAGCAAGUUUACCCGUUGCAUGCUUGGUGUGGGUGGCAGCCGACAGCGCAUGUAGAGUCGCUCGUGUUGUUCGCUUUCUAUCCAGAUCGGGAAGAAGUGUGUCGUGUCGCGUGGGGUAGACGGUGUCGAUAUUCUUCAAACCCGUCUAGCAUCUGGUGCGUGGAGUGCGAUUGGCUUUGUGAUCACUCAGUGGGCGUAGGUAACGUGUCAUGGGCACUUGGGAAGCGACGCUAAGAGAGGUAGGCUAGCCAGAACCGAGCAUAUAGCUCAACAUGAUCCUUGCACAAUUGCUUUCUCGCCGCGGGUUUUGCCGCUGGCCGGCUUUUUUUCAUGGACUCUCGGAAGAGGAUGACGUCUUUGCAGAACUAUGAGAAGACGCAGUGAAGAGCAGGAGCGAGUUUGCGCUGACUUUUAAAGCAGCAGCAUAUGUACUUGGACCAGGGCUUAGCUUUUUCUUAUAAGCUGUGUCAAUCAUUUGGUGUUUGUGAGUCGCUCUUCAGACUGGUGUCUAUAUAAAACUCAGCACAGAAAAUCACUUACUAAGGUAUGCAGUGCAUUGGCAAAGAAAUA